AUGGUAUAUUCCGAUUACCAGCGACUUGAAUUAGAAAAGGAAUUUUGUACCAGUACAUUUGUGACAUCGGAACGUAAAGCUGAGCUAUCCACGAUGUUGAACCUUACUGAACGACAAAUUAAGAUUUGGUUUCAAAAUCGGUAG